AUGAAUGCCUACAGAAAGCCACCCCAGCCAUACAACUUCGGCUAUGACAAUCUGGACGAGUACGGCAAUCGACAGUUCCGCAGUGAGCAGGGCGACUCCAAAAACGCCAGGACCGGCUCGUACGGCUACCGCGACGUGAACGGCCUCUACCGGCGUGUAAACUACGUCGCUGAUGCGUACGGCUUCCGGGCCACCGUGGACACCAACGAACCGGGCACCGCCCCUGCAGCGAGAGCCGACGCCGUUUUCAACGCUGCACCAGUGGUGCCCCCAGUUCCCUCAGGUGGUGCACCUACAGCCUCUGCGGCUAGGGUGGUGGCACCUUACAAUGCUGGUGGCUACACUAGUUACGGCAAAUACAACCCCUACGCAGGCGCUGCUGGAGCCUACGGAUACGCUCCGUUCGGACGUCAGGGAUACCCUGCUAGUAGUCCCGUACGCGGUGGAUACGCUUACGGCGGCCAACCUGCCAACAGCUACGGUGCCGCCGGCUACGCAUAG